AAAAAAAUUAAAAUGUUAACACCGCAGAUGAACCAAGAAAUAAUCCAAAAAGCAAAGAAAGGAGGGGUUUUAAUAGUUGUGGGGGCCACUGGAUCUGGAAAGUCCACAGGGAUACCCCAGGCUCUUCUGAGCACAACUAAUGAUCUAAUAACGGUCACCCAGCCCAGAAGAGUUGCCGCAAUUUCACUUGCCAGCCAUGUAAAAAGAGUCAUAACGUGUGUGCCGGGGGAUAAAGUAGGGCAUAAGGUGCGAUUCAGCGAUACUACAAACAAAAAUACAAGGCUGCGAUAUGUUACAGAUGGAAUACUUUUGAAGGAACUGCAGGAAGAAGCCAAGCUGUCAACUGUUGUUGUAGAUGAAGUUCAUGAAAGAUCGAUCAGAACAGAUAUUCUACUUGGGCUUCUAAAGAAAAGAAUAAAUGGUAUCCGGCUUGUUCUAAUGAGUGCUACUGCAGAUGUAAAUAUGCUUACAGAAUACUUUGCAAAGGACGGCAUCCCUGUAUCGCACUGCGAGAUACCCUCCCAGAAGCAUGAUGUAAGAAUAAAGUAUCUCCCAAAGAAGUCAUCAGAUUACAUACAGCUUGCAUACGAUACAAUUAAAAAAAUCAUAAAGGAUGCAAAGACAGAAAGAGAAAGCACAAAUAAAUCUAAAAAUAAUGAAAAUUCAAGAAAUGCGAAACCCAGCACUGGCAGGCAGAAUAAUAGCAAAUGCUCUGCACCAAAAAGUUUAGAAAGUAGAAAGAAAAAGACACCCUUUUUGGGCGCAUCUUCUGCAGAAGGAAUGGAUGAAAUUGAUUGCUUGUUUUCUGGAGUUAGUCUAAAUUCUUAUAAUCCUGUGCAGGAAAAGAAUGAUGUGUUUACCUCGGGAACUAUUCUCGUGUUUCUCUCUGGUUUGGAGGAUAUUGAAGAUCUUUACAAAAUGCUUGAGGUGCAUUCUGGAAUAGAGCUUCUAAAACUACACUCUUCACUUCCUGAUAAAGAGCAGCAGCUGAUAUUCACCCAAAGACAGAAGAGUAUUCGGGUUAUACUCUCUACAAACAUCGCAGAGACAAGUCUGACUAUAGAAGAUGUAAAGUGGGUUGUAGACGCAGGCGUUCAGAAGACAAAUCUAUCAAAGGAGGGGGUAGAUACUCUAGGAAUAAUUAAAAUAUCUAAGUCGGCUGCCAAGCAGAGGUCUGGAAGAGCUGGCCGAGUUGGUCCUGGUGUAUGCUAUCGGCUGUACACAGAAGAAGCAUAUAACGGCCUGCAGGAGAACAACAUACCAGAAAUUCUUCGGGCUGACAUCUCCUCUGUCACACUUUCUUUAAUUGCUCUCGAUGCAGAUCCAGAGAAGUUUGAUUUUUUAGAGUCUCCCGGAGAGAACUCCAUUCUUUCAGCACUUUCAGAGCUUUUUAUUCUUGGUCUGAUUAGUGACAAGAAGAAGAUUACUGCGCUAGGAAAGGAAGUGAGCAAACUGCCGCUUUCUCCAUCACUGGGUAAGUUUUUGAUUCAUGGGAAGUCUCUUGGCGCUGGUUGCUCGGCGGCGGCGGUGUGCUCUCUUCUUUCUGGAGAAAGAAUAUCUUUAUUUCCUAAAGAUAUAGACACAUCUUCUAUUAUUAGUGUGCACGAGUCUCCUACCAAAUGCUCUGAUUUGUCUCUGUAUGCCAGUGUGUUUUUUACAUAUUUUAAGUACUCACCCAGGCUGCGAAAGGACUUUUGCCAGUCACUGAAGAUAUCUCAGCAGGAAAUGAAGAACAGUGAGAAUAUUUAUAGACAGCUAUUGUCUUUAAUGAAAAUAGAGAGUAAUGCAGUGGAUGAAGAGACAGAAAAGGAGGAAACUGGGUAUGGCUGCACUCCAUUGAAGAAAAAUACUGCAGAUAAAUUACAUGCAGCUGCAUCUGCAGGAUUCCUAAUCAGAGUGGCUGAAGCAAAGGGCAAUGGGUAUGUUCACAUGUACUCAGAAAGAAUGGUUUACAUUCAUCCUAGCUCCGUUAUGUUUGCUCGACGAGAAGGCCUGGUGUCGUUUAUUAUAACAUCAGAGACAGCAAAGCCAUAUAUCCUGCAUGUAUUCCCAUACACGCCAAAUAUACUAAUGGCAGAUGGUGGAAUAGUCCUAUAGCCUAAAAAUCCUUGCAUCACUGGGUCUACUCAUAUACUAAUUAUUAUACAGUAAAUAUGCCA